UAUCUGCGUACUGCGUCGCAAGUGUCCCACGGAAGUUUCCGUAGUCAAGAGGCGGCUGAUUGAAAACAUUUUACAUUUUUCUCACGAUGCAAGAACUAAAUACAGUUACUGUUUGAAAAGAAGCCUUCUGAAACAACGCGGGGACCCAGUGCAGAAGGGGUGGUGAGUGAAUGGAGCUGUGGAGCCUGUUCUCCUGGCUGAAGCAGCAGUUCCUGUCCAGUGAGGAGCAUGACUCCUGGGGCAGGAGCUCGUCCUUCACGACCUGGAACAUCUACUCUCAGUUCUUCCUGGGCGCCUCCCUCCUGUCUCUGAGCAUGCUCGUGGUGCUGGCAGCGUGCCGGCAUCAGCCUUACCAGCAGGAGGCGAUAGGCAGGGGGAGGGGCAGGAGAGUGGUGCCCCCCCUCUGCCCCACACCCUGCCUGUCGCUGUACCCGUGGCUGCAGCUUGUACGAGACAUGGUGCUUGUGUGUGUGUUGGUGUCUGUCCCCUGGGAAUGGAUCCGUCUCUACCAGAUUGAAGUGGCUAAGAAGAUGGCUGUGCUGUCUGAGGGGUUCCCUUUCCACUGCAGACCCCAGGACCUGUCCUACUGGCAGUCCCUGAAGGCCUGGUUCACGGUGCACUUCACGUGGAGCGGAGAGGCAUGCGAGAGGUACCAGCGGGCACUGAUGGUGGAGCCCUUCUGGGAGGUCACGCCAUUGAUGGCCGUGACGUCAGCAGCGAGCCGCGUCGUGGUCCAGCCGCUGGAGCUGGUGGCCCAGGGGUUUGGGCGCAGUCUUCGCUUGAUCAUGCAGGAGAUCCCUUCGCUCUGGCAGCCCUUCUUCUUCCCCAUCCUGCUCCUCUGCUUCCUCUGUGGGCUGCUGAGUUACAUCUUCCGCCAGGGAGCAGGAGGGUGCACGCAGACCCCCGAGCCAAGCCCACGCAAAGCCCUCCGCUGGAGGUGACGCAUGCAAACACUACCCCUUUUAGCCAAAAUAGGUGCUUUUUAUAUACAUGUGUUUUCUGAUUCUAGCUUUUGGAAAUAGCAGAGUGUACCUUUUGCUGUUUGAUUGAUGUUUGUUUUUGCUACUGCAGAUUCUUGUUAAUAAAACAGUCCAUUUGCCCUACA